CGUUGAUCAUAUUCGGAUUCUUCACGCAUCGUUGAUGCGACAGCAAACAUGCUUCUUCUAGACUACCACAACGUUCUCAUCCACACUCUCCUGACGGAGCGGUUCUCUGGAGCCCCCCCGGCAUCAAUCGAUCAGGUCGUCUCCGAUUUCGACGGAGUUACGUUCCAUUUGUCGACACCCGAGACCAAGACCCAGAUCCUCAUCUCCAUCAACGUGAAAUGCUUCCGAGAACUGGUUCAGUACGGGGCGCAGCAGGUGUUGGAGAGGGAAUACGGAUCCUACAUUGUUGCUCCGGAGCCCGGCUAUGACUUCUCGGUGCUAAUUGACUUGGAAAACCUCCCCGCCGAACAAGAGGCGAAAGACGAACUCGUCAUGCGGCUCGCCCUGAUGAAGCGCAAUGCUAUGGCUGCCCCGUUCGAGAGGGCCUUCGAUGAGUUCGCCAAGCUCUCCGAAGAAGCUUCGAAAUACACCUCUGAGUCGGCACCCCAGGGAAUCAAGGAAGGAGGUGAAGUGAUGGCCAUCCACUACCGGGAGGAGGAGGCCUUCUACAUCAAGGCCAACAAUGACCGAGUCACCGUCAUCUUCAGCACCGUGUUCCGGGAAGAGACCGACCGAAUUUUCGGCAAGGUCUUCCUGCAAGAGUUUGUCGAUGCUAGACGGCGCGUCCUGACUCUGCAAAAUGCUCCUCAAGUCCUUUUCAGAAACGAUCCUCCCCUUGAACUCGAGGGUGUCCCUGGCCUCCAGGACCCCGGUGACGGCACGAUGAGCUAUGUCACUUUCGGUAGGCCAUGAUCUUGGACAAUCUCCGGUAGCUUGUGGAUGCUAAUGAUGCGCAGUUCUUUUCCCUCGUCACUUGACGCCUCAACGGCGGUAUGAAAACAUCUCCCAUAUCCAGAUCUUCCGGGACUACUUCCAUUACCACAUCAAGGCCUCCAAGGUAUGUUGAAUUGUCACGACCGAAUGCAUGCGAUCGGCUGCUUACCU